AUGACGAAAACCCCACAAGAAAUUUCAGAUCAGAACAAAAUCAAUGACAUUUCAAAUGUGAAAAUCUCUAACAGUAAAAAUGCACUGACACAUGAAUUCGGUCUCACACUCAAAAAAGAGGAUGAUUUUUCAGGAUGGUACACUCAAUUGGUCAUCAAAAGUGAGUUAUUAGAAUAUUACGAUAUAAAAGGCUGUUUUAUCAUGAGACCAUGGUCAUAUUUUAUAUGGAAAGUUGUAAAAGAUUAUUUCACACAAAAAAUUGAGGAAAUGGAAGUAGAGGAGUGUUAUUUUCCAUGACUUGUCACAAAACAGUCUAUGGACAAAGAAAAAGAGUUUAUUGAAUCAUUCGCACCUGAAUUGGCAUGGAUCACAAAAUGUGGUGAAAAUGAUAUCGAACCAGUGGCAAUUCGACCAACCAGUGAGGCAGUAAUGUACCCAUAUUUCAAGAAAUGGCUCUUUUCACACAGGGACCUUCCUUUGAAACUCAAUCAGUGGUGUAACGUACUCAGAUGGGAAGUGAAGAGCACAUUGCCAUUUAUCAGAGGACGAGAAUUUCUAUGGCAAGAAGGCCAUUCGGCCUUUCAUAAAAAAGAAGAGGCAGAAAAGGAGGUUUUAGACAUUCUUUCUCUUUAUAAAGAGGUUUAUGAGAAAUGUUUAGCAAUUCCCGUUAUUGAAGGAAGAAAAACAGAAAAUGAGAAAUUUGGAGGUGCCGAUUAUACCACCACGAUUGAAACUGUUGUAAACGGAAAGGCAAUUCAGGCAGCCACAUCUCAUCAUUUAGGCCAAAACUUUUCAAAAAUCUAUGGUGUCUCAAUCAACGAUGAAAAAAAUGAAGAAUCUUUCGUUUAUCAAAACAGCUGGGGACUGACAACUCGUUCUAUUGGUAUUACUGUUAUGGUUCACUCUGAUAACAGAGGAUUGGUGCUGCCACCAAUGGUCAGUCAAUGGCAAGUCGUAAUUGUUGCAAUAAACAACAAAAAAGAUGAAAAUCUUUCAAAUUACGUGACAGAAAUCAAAAAAGCACUUCAAGCCAAGAAAAUUAGAGUCUUUGUUGAUGACCGACAAAAUUUACAGCCAGGCUAUAAAUUCAACCAUUGGGAGUUAAAAGGUGUGCCAUUGAGACUUGAAAUAGGUAAAAAUGAAAUGAAACAGAAGAGUGUAACUGUUUAUGAAAGAAUCACACACACCAAGGAUGUCAUACAAACCAGUUCUGAUGAUAAUUUUACUUCUUUAGCAGAAACAUUAGAGAAAAGACUGACAGCUAUCCAAUCAAAAAUGUCUGAAACUGCCAAACAGAAAUUGAACGAUGUGAUUCGUGAGACGACCAGUUGGACAGAUUUCAUAAAACAUUUGGAAGAGAAAAUGAUUAUAAAAAUACCAUUUUGUGGUGAUAAAAAAUGUGAAGAGGUGAUCAAAAAAGACACGACAGUUUACAAAGCUGAUGGAACGGUCGAUUUACAAGGUGCAAAAUCACUUUGCGUGCCAUUUAAAGAUAAUCCUCUAAUUGACGGUAAAUGUAUCAAAUGUGGUGAUUUCUGUGAUAAGUUGACAUUAUUCGGAAGGAGUUAUUAA